AAAGCGGAGCCACUUGGAAAGAGAAAGAGAGGACGAUGAGCUUACCUUCCCUCUUUCGACAAGCGAAUCGGAUCCUGACGAUCGCAUCCAGCAACAUCACGCUAAGACCAUCAUCAACGAGACAAUACUCAUCAUCCUCGAGUCGAACGCCCUUAACGUUGGACGAUGUAUUACCAGCGACGCCAACCAGCAGCUCACCAUCGAUCAGAGAGGGAGGCGGGGACCUCUCAGGAGCCACAGAGGAUUAUCAGCAGAGCUUACCACCAGGACGGCCUCAGGAGCGAUUUGGAACUCGAGGCGGAUUGCCACACGGGAUCAAUCGACGGACGGCGAUCGAGCUCGGGGCGGACCCUUUACGACGACGGUCGGGCGAGAAGAGCCACUACAGCUUACUAGUUCAUUCGACGCCGAACAACACCCGUUUGACGUUGACGCACACCCCGGUGGCCUAUCUCCCGGGCAGUUCGCCGGGCCAUGCGGGGUUCAAGAAUGCCUAUCCGCUCGCCGGGGCCGUGGUAGCCCGAGUGACCGCCGGAUCGGUCGGCUUCAAGCGCGGCCGAAGACAGGAAUACGAGGCGGCGACCCAGGCCUGUCUGGCCAUGUUCGCCAAAAUCAGAGAGCUCAUCAAGCUCCCCACCGUCGCUAGAGUCAACGCUAAUCCCGCAGUCAGGGAGGGCGUCCCAAGAGAACUCGAGCUCGUCUUCAACGGCUUCGGAAUCGGAAGAGACGCCUUCCUCGCCUCCCUCCUUAACUCCCAGGCUACCGAUCUUAGGGAACUCGUGCGCUCCCUAAGAGAUUCUACUGUCGUUAAAAUCGGAGGGCCUAGACCUAAGAAACGCAGGAGAGUUUGAGGUCUUUGGUUUCCCAAUCUCUUCGGUUAAAUUCCUGUCUAAUUCUUCUCUACUGAACCCCCAAAAUAACGAAUCCCAGCCCAUUCGCCUGUUUUUUCUAAAAAUCUCGAAAUUGCAUCCACCCCACGCUUUUUUUUUUUUUCUCCGCUGUCCAUUUACAAUACUAUUCCAGUUAUGAUCUAAAAAAUAAUCGAGUUUUCUUUGUGAGAGAGAGGGAGGAGGGAGGAGGGACAGAAAGGCAUGAGAUGUAAUGUCGAGGACAGCUGUAAGUAAAGAGGCGAAAGAGCGAUAAGUUGCGAGCUCAAGCUCAGGCUUCAGUUUAAAGUCGUCGUUGACGGUUCUACCAGGACUAAUAUCCCAUGUUCAACCAGGAGACACUUCUUAGACGGCAAGAGAGCAGUGCAUAACUACCAAUU